CCCUGGCGCUGCCGGAGAGGCGGGGGCGGGGCGGGGCGGCCGCGGGCACCGGGCCUCACCUGGCGGCGACAUGGCCGGGCCCGGCCGGGGCGGCGCCGGGGGCAGAGUCCGUCGCGGGGAGCCGGCGGCAGGAGCGUGCGGCAGGCGGGGAAGAUGCCCCUGGGGCUGGGAAACAAGAAGAAGGGCAAGGCCAAGGACACCUCCAAGCUGGUGGACAGCGAGGCUGCGGCCCCCCCACCGGCGGCAGCCCCGGCCGGGGCGGGGAGCGCGUCGCGGCUGCAGUUCCACGCGCAGCUGGCGCACGGCAGCCCCACGGGCCGCGUGGAGGGCUUCGGCAGCGCCCGCGAGCUCUACGCCAAGGUGGCCGAGGCCUUCGGCAUCGCCCCCGCAGAGAUCAUGUUUUGCACUUUGAACACUCAUAAAGUUGAUAUGGACAAGCUGUUAGGUGCUCAGAUUGGCCUUGAAGAUUUCAUAUUUGCCCACAUAAAAGGAAAACGAAAAGAAGUCGAAGUUCUUAAAUCUGAUGAUAUGCUUGGACUUACCGUUACAGACAAUGGAGCUGGCUGUGCAUUUAUAAAGCGAAUCAAAGAAGGUAGCCUUAUGGACCAAAUCAAAAUGAUCUGCGUGGGUGAUCACAUAGAGUCUAUAAAUGGAAGAGAUGUGUCAGAUUGUCGGCAUUAUGAAGUUGCCAAAAUGCUAAAAGAUCUGGAGAAAGGUCAGGUGUUUAAGCUGCAGUUGAUAGAGCCCAGGAAAGCAUUUGAAGAGAUAGAACCGAGGUCCACAGGUGGAACUCUGACAGAGGCUAAAAUCUCCAGAGGGAGAGAAACACUUCGGCUGAGAACUAAAGGCCCUGCCACUGUGGAGGAAAUGCCAUCUGAAGUUGAAGAAAAAGCAAUAAAAAAAGUGGAUGAGCUUCUUGAAACAUACAUGGGGAUAAGAGAUAUAGAAUUAGCUGCAACAAUGGUGGAAGCUGGAAGAGAUAAGAAAAAUCCAGAUGAAUUUGCAGUGGCAUUGGAUGAAACUCUUGGAGACUUUGCAUUUCCAGAUGAGUUUGUCUUUGAUGUAUGGGGAGCAAUAGGAGAUGCUAAGCAAGGACGACUGGAAUGAGAAUUGUGUGUCAAUCCCUACUCAAAAGUACAAAAUGACUUUCAAAUACAUCAGAAUCCUAAUACUUUUAUUGUUAUAAAUCUAGGGUGCUCUGUAUAAGUAUUCUUAUCAGAAAAUUUCUAUUGCAAAGGAAGGUUUUAAACAAAAAUGAAGAUAAACCCAAAGUUUUGACAACUGCACACUUAAACAAUUUACAUGUAGAAAUCAAUGAGAGGAUUGCGUCAAGGAGAUGUAACUAUACACACGUUUUAUGAAAAUUCAUGUGCUUAGAUAUCAAUAUUCUGAAAUGUUAGAGAUGCAACAAAAAAUAGGACUAUUUUAUCUCUUUUAAGAAAGGUUUAUAUACUUGAUGGAAAACUACUCAGCAAGACACUGCAGUUCCCUGGUCUUUUCUUGUUCUUAUGUGUUCAACCACACUGAGAGCUGUGGAAAACCUAAAGCCUCAGGCUUUUAUACUGUUUGGCUUGGAUUUAGUUUUUUUUUCUGUAGACAGAGCUGGGAAGAAGCCAUCCUGCUUCGGAAAACCUGCAUUCAAGAAAAAAAAUAUUCCUCCGGGACAUGAGAACAAUGACCUUAAAAUGAAAAAGACUUUAAUUUUUGGUCACAAUACACACUGCCUAGGUAUUUCUCAAAUUAUUAAGUAUAAUAGAAAUGCCUAAAACAGGAAUCUGCUGCUUUAUUCAGAUGCCAUAUUAUCACAAUAGCAGCUGCAUAAGAAGAAACAAAUGUUAAUUUUGGUUUCUAUUCAGAUAUUUGAGUAAUAUAUGCGAUGUUACACUGGAAACUGUAGUAUGUGACUAAGUGCUUAAUUAAUCUUUGCAUAUGCUAAAUGCCUUGCUGAGAUCCUGUGAAGUUCCCCCUUUGUCUUGUCUGUUUUUUUCAACAUGGCAACAUAUUGAUAUUUAAGGUGUUCAAAAUCAGCAGAUACUAUUGUAAAGUCACAGUCACAGUUUGGAUGAAAAUGUGUGCCUAAAACCUAAACAAUAAACUAAAUUCAUUUUAGAUGUUAAGAUUUCAAAUUAUACUGUACAUAAACAUUUAUUUUAACUGAUGGUGUUUUACUAAUAAAUCUCAGAUUAUUAAAAAUGA